AUGUUUCAAGUUGAUCGACAAGAGCAACUUGAGUCACUAAACAAUUCCAGAAAGAAUUGUCGAAAUAAUACUAAAUACUCCCAUAGAAUAUUUAACUCCAGCUAUGGAUCCUUGAUAAAACUCAUCCGCAGCUUAAUCAUUUCUGUUCCUUACGAUAAAGCAGAUAACAACAUAGAAAUACCACAAAAUGGCAACACCCCCGAGGCAAUUGUUAUGUGGUCUGGAUUAUGCAACAGUCCCAAAUAUUGACACCUGUUUGCGAGCAGCACAUGAUGCUAGUUAUCUCUUCAUCAUGGCUCCACUGGUGAACCCUCGGUUUACUCAGGAAUUUGUCUCAGGGGCAGCGAAGAAUCGAGAAGGUCCCUUCACACGACCAGACCUCAUGUUGAGAAGUUCGGACUGGAAUCGUUUGAUUAUAGGAAAGCUCUCCCCCACCAUAAAUGUGGACUCACCAAUUCCGCACGUCAGAGCAAACAGUGAAGCCGCUUUGCACCAAGAGAUCUCAUUUGCGUCUCACCUAAGUAUCAUGACGGUCACUUUCCAAUUGACUGGAGGUCUGGAUCGGAACAUGAACCUGGCAAGAAUCGUGUGUGAUAAAAUGACAACAGCUUCAAUUCUGAAGUUUCUAAUUCAAGUCCCAAUGGAGAAUCCCUUGAAGCAGUCCUUGUCAUAUCGCACUGAUGAAGAAAUCAGUUGCGAGAGCCCCUGGGAGUGGUGGAACGGCUUCAGAAAUGUCUGUGACACCGACAGAAAGCUCCGAGUGGCUCUCGUUUUCAGCGCAGACCUUCCCGACGAGGCAGAGAUCCAAAGAUGGAUUGGAGAACCCGUCAGGGCACUCAUUAUCCCCACUAGUCUUUUCCUGACUAAUAGAAAAGGUUUUCCAGUGCUCUCCAAAGCACAUCAGAGCGUAAUUCACAGAUUCUCCAGUCUCAAUGUGAGGUUUAUAAUUACCGGGGCCAAUCGGGCUACUAAAAUAUCGCUUUAUCAGAGUUAUUUGGAUUAUCUAUGGAAGAGAGAAUACGCAUCUGAUGGUCCCCUGGAGCGUUUCUGUCGUGGCUACGAGGACUACCUCCAAGUUCCCCUUCAACCCUUGAAGGAUAACCUCGAUUCCAGCACCUACGAGGUUUUCGAGGGAGAUCCAGUGAAAUACGCCAAGUACCAAACUGCCAUAUUUCAAGCAAUCGUAUACAAAAUGAAGAACAGCAAAGGACAGAAUUCACCGAAAGAAUCUUGCCCGAAUGAUGGAUGCCCUGACACCUCUCAGGCCUUCACCCUCGACCAAAACAGAAACUUGAUAAUAACUGUUGUUGGCGCUGGUCGAGGGCCCCUGGUCCGUGCAGCGCUGCAGGCAGCAGACAUGGCCAAAGCUCGAGUUCGAGUGUAUGCAGUGGAGAAGAAUCCCAAUGCCAUCGUGACACUCCAUGCUCUGAAGGCAGACAUCUUCGGGCCCAGAGUGACAAUCGUUGCCUGUGAUAUGAGGGAUUGGAAGAGCACAGAGAUGGCGGAUAUACUUGUCUCAGAGUUGCUGGGCUCCUUCGGGGACAACGAACUAUCGCCAGAGUGCUUGGACGGGGCCCAGAACUUCCUCAAAGAUGAUGGCAUCAGUAUUCCUCAGCGAUACACGUCCUACAUAGCACCUGUACAAUCAGCCAAGCUUUAUCAAGGCCUCAAGGCAUUAUAUGACAAAGAGAAACCCCCUCAAGCUCAUUUUGAAACACCUCACGUGGUCUAUCUUCAGAGCAAGUACGAUAUCGCACCUGUUCAGGCUCUCUUCACUUUUUCACAUCCCAACAGAGACUCCGUCAUAGAUAAUUCGAGAUAUGAGGUCAAGACGUUCAAUGUUCAGCAGAACAGUGUACUGCAUGGCUUCUCUGGAUACUUCGAUGUAGUUCUCUUCGAGAAUGUCAAACUGAGCAUUGUACCAGCUUCUUACAGCACAGGGAUGGUUAGCUGGUUUCCUAUAUUCUUUCCCAUCAAAGAGCCUGUUCAACUCAAGGCUGGGGAUGAGAUUAAGGUCCACUUCUGGAGAAGGUGUACGUCGAAAAAUGUCUGGUACGAGUGGACUCUCAGUAAACCUAUCCCUGGCAGUAUUCACAAUCCCAAUGGAAGAUCUUCUACGAUUGAGCUUUAAUGAUCGAUGAUUCUAGAGUUCUUUCUUUUUCCUCUUUUAUUGUGAUGGUUGAGGAGAGGGAGCAUGCGAUGUAUUGCCCGGACGCUGGGCGUCGUUGGGAGUAAGGACGGGUGGGAUUCCUCCACUCACCUAUAAACAAAAACCUAUAUCUGAAAAAGAUAUUUAUAUUUUGUAUUUCUCGAGUACUCAUUUUCAUAUCUUCAUUACUACAUUUUAUUUGUACGAGAAAAACUGUUGAGCAUUUGUGGAAUAGUUCUUUUUUUUGGAUCAGUAGUUAAAUUCACUUACUCGAUUAAGUGCAGAUUUUUAUUUUCUUGAAAAAUCAAUUUCAUGAAUGGAAGAGACGAAAAGUGAAAAGGAUUGAAGUGAAUUAUGUGCAUUAUUAUUAUUGUAUUGUGUGCAGAAUUUUCUGUUUAAUGAUCGUUUUGGAAUGAUUCAGGAGAAUGAGAAUUGCGAUUUUUUGCUGGCCGAGCACACGCUUUCAAAACAAUGAUAAACACGAGUGACAUUCUUGACCUCACGUGUUGUUGAGAUGAGAUAUCAUAUUUAUUCCUCUCUCAUUUGAGAUUCCAUUCAUGCCUAUUCAUUCGUCAUUAUUCUGAUUAUUAAUCGAACUAUUUCAGAAAUCUUCAAUUAAUUCCGAAUGUUUGAAAACCUGACGUACACAACAUUAUUUUUCUUCGUUUUUAUUUAUUCAAGUUCUGGGAAAAGGCGUUUAAUUACUUUCCAGAAUGAUUUUCGAUUCUCGAUUUAUUUUGUUUCUCAUGAGAAAAACUCAAUCUCCAAACAGAAUAAAAAUUUCCGUAAGAAAGUGAUAAUAGUGAUAAACUGUCAAAUAAAUUGUGAAGAAUUGCAAUAAUUUGAUACAUGAAUUUAUUCAUGAAGGAUAAAUUGAAUAAUUACAAGUAUUUCAGAUUAAUUCCAAGACUUCCAUGAACCUGGGUUUACAAGUGUUAUACCUUUAUCUUUCUUUUCAAUUACAUAUCGGCAUGUUAACAUGGGAACGUAAAUGCCAAAGAAUCUCAUCUCCCAAUAAAGUUUUGAUAAUUUUUCUCGAUUUUUCCCGAUUGAAUUUCAGUUUUAGUUAAAUCAAAUUUUCAAAUUUUUUGGUAUGUACAAUAAUUUCUAACUAGGUAAUUUUCUAUUAUUCACGUAUCAGACGGAAAUUCAAAAGCGAGAAGUACAAAUUAUGUAGCAACAACUCAGUCUGAAAACCAGAUAAACAAUUGUGCAACAAAGUGAUAAAAGUGAUGAACUCUAAAAUAAUUAUGAACAAUAAAAAUUGUUUUUCAUACA